UCCAGAGAAAUCACUUCAAAUUGGCCCAUUUCAGGGGGGGACAAGGGACCAUGCUUUGGCUAUAUAGCCUAAUAUUUCACAGAAAUCUUUAAAUCCCGCAGUUGCCAGCCUGGUGGGCACAUUGUGGCGCACAACACGCCGUGAUGUCAGCCGCCUUGCAUUUUUUUCCUUCUUCUUCUUCUUCUUUUUUCUUCUCCUUUUUUUUGGAUAACGACUUUUGCAACUUGCCAGUGCAGUUUUUUUUCUCCCCCCACUUCAAUUAUGCAAUUACUCUGAUAAUCGCAGUGAGGGAAUUUAAGCGCCUUUAAUUUGUUYUUCAGGUGGAGAUGAUGGAGGGACCGUGGAUGAUGAUGGAGCAGCUCGGCUGCGCUCCUCCUGCUCUCCACAGACGGAGGAGCUGCAGGCUGCGCGUGAGACCUGAGGGAAGGAGGAGAUCCGGGGAUUCUUUGCUCCAUGCUUUUCAGAGGAGGUGCGUCCUGCAGAGGCUCUCUGACCUCGGAUGGCGCGGAUUUAUCUCCUUCUGCAUCACGUUCUUCGGACCCAGCCCCAGCGUCACCAAUCGUCUUCUCCCUUGGAGAGAGUGGACCAAUCAGUGACAGCCUCCGAUGAAUAUUCAUGAGUCCGAGAUUCAAACCUUUGAGCGAGUUUGUCUUGCUCCACAGCAUCACUCCUGGGACUUUUCACGGGCACAAACGGCAUUUUCUUAUGAAUGGAAAGAGAAAAAAAUCGGCUCGGCUUAAAUUGGGACCCGUCCUUCACUGAGAUCAUAGGAGGAAAACAACAAAAGCGAGACGAGYGGAACCGCCAGAAGAGAUGACAAUGACUGCGAUUCCAGAAAGUCUUAAUAGCCCUGCCUCAGGAAAAGCCGUUUUCAUGGAGUUUGGACCCCCGAGUCAACAAAUGUCGCCUUCCUCCAUGUCUCACGGACACUACCCCAUGCACUGUUUACAUUCUGCAGGUCACACACAGCAUGACAGCUACAGUCCYGCCUCGUCCUUCCCCAGAUCUCUGGGUUAUCCAUACGUGAACUCGGUCGGCAGCCAUCCCACCAGUCCAUAUCUCAGUACAGUACAGACUUACCAAAACAGCUCGGGACUCACACAGACACGACUGGAGGACGCAGCGCCGGAAUCCGAGAAGAACACUGUGGUGGAAGGCGGAGAGGUGCGAUUUAAUGGCAAGGGGAAAAAGAUUAGAAAACCAAGGACUAUUUAUUCCAGUUUACAGCUUCAGGCUUUGAACAGGAGAUUUCAACAAACUCAGUAUUUGGCGUUGCCGGAGAGAGCGGAGCUCGCCGCGUCGCUGGGUCUCACUCAGACACAGGUGAAAAUUUGGUUUCAAAAUAAACGRUCCAAAUUUAAGAAGCUGAUGAAGCAAGGCGGCAGCACAAUUGACACCAAUGUUUUGGCCACCGGCCGCGGACUUUCGAGCGGRUCCCCCUCUGUGGCGCCCGUGUGGACGUCGCCGACCACCGUGAAGGCUUCUGUGGGCACCACCGGCUCCUACAUCCCCAGCUACACCUCGUGGUAUCCGAGCACGCACCAAGAGUCUAUGCAACAGUCGCAGCUCAUGUGAAGAGUGACCGGAUUGUCGGGACGACAAGGACCCUGCAGCCAGCUGUGUGCGCGCGCGGCUCAGCGUUGAUGAUGCUCGACAAUAAAAAAAAUAAAAUAAAUAAAAUAAACGGAGACUGCUGUUGCCGCAUCCCUGCGAGCUGACACACGGAGGCCUGCUCAGAUAGUGGCAUGAGGGGAAGCAGGGGGAUAAGAAGGGAGAAGAGGUGUUCAAUGUAUCCAGGUCAACAAGUCCAGCGGAAAUCAAAAAGGCAAAACGGAUCCUUCUUUUGGAUGUUGUUGAUUCCUGUUUAGUUCUUUUAAUUUGUGUGAAGAGUUUAGUUGCUGAGCUUGUUCUGUUUAUAAGAAAACACGGGUUUGUUUACGCCAAAAUGUCGGAUCUUAAGGUGAUGACGACCUAAAAUCAUUAAAGGCCAAUCAGGCCACAGCAGUGAGUCUUUAACCAAAUUAUUGAUCACAAAUGAUGCGCAGGCCGUCACACUUACAGCAUCUCUAAUUCCACCAUAGUGAAGCCUCCGUGCAGCGCCACGUGUCCUUAUGUUGUUUUUACGUGUUUGUUAUUUAAGUUAAAUUAUUCGGACCUUUCUGUUAGUCUGUGUUCUGUWUGUGAGAACAACACUGUGUUGUUGAUGCUGCACUAAAGCUUUUUUCUAUGCCGUGCCCCCGGAUGUUAUGUGAAAAAUAUAAAAAGGCCAGACUAUUCGCUGCUUUAGAGAAAAGAAAAAUCCCGCGGAUGAGCAGCUGACUUGUCACUGUGUUUUUGUACAUAAUUUCUGGAUUUUGUUUUAUUAUUAUUAUUAUUAUUUUUGUGCUGUAUACUGCUGUGAAACAGGGUUUUUAGGGUUUGUGUAUCUACUCGUUCAAAUGUGUUUUUAGUCACCAUAGAAAAUGAUUUAGUUUUGUAUUGAUCACUUUAAUUUAUUUAUCUGUUUCUGGAGUAUAUGUACAUAAAAAAGUGCUAAGUUUCAAAAAGCAGUAAAAUAUGAU